AUGGCUCUCUCCAUGUCGCUCAGCAGCAGUGUGGACGAAAUUGCCGUGCGCGUGCGCCCGCCACGACGGCAGGACCGCGCCGCGCUGAACCUGCUACUUCUGCUCACCUCGGUUCUGAUCUCGUUCGCGCUCAAGAGCCAUCUCCGGGUCUCUGUGAGCAACCCCUUCAGCGUCAACCUCCUUGUUUUGUGCGCCAUUGGCAGUCUGGCAUAUCUGUACUACAGCAGCCUGCCGCUGGACCCGCAGCGGAUGGGCCAGAAAAUAGGGCUUGUUUUCGCCAAGAUCGGCCAUGUUUUCGGCGCCGUCAGGCUGGGAGGUGUCGUCUGCGAUGGAGGACCGGCUAGAGGACAUGGAGGCCGAGCUCAGCAGCCUGAAGCUGGGGCUCAUGCGCAGACAGCACAACCGCGCGCUGCAGGAGCGGUCGCUGGAGUUCAGCGUUGGACGGCUUCAGCAGGAGCUCGGGCUCAAACUGCGCGAGAGCAACGCGCACAUCCAGAGACUACAGCUGCAGGUCAGCGAGCUACAAAAGGCACAGCGGACAGACAGCUGGCUUCGCACCAGCACAAAAACGUUCCUGAAAAUAGUGCUCACGAAAAAUCAGAUCCGCUCGCUCAGGUACAUCCGUCAACAGGUGUUAGCAAGUAA